AUGGUGUUCUGUGGACUCCCUUUUCCUCUCAUGAACUGCAUCAAACCAAGUUCUCACAAGAACGGACCCAAUACUUCGCUGGUCAAAACGGUCCGAACAGAUAUGGGUUCCAAAUAUUCAUCAGACCUGAGUGUCUACACGUUCGCUUGUCAACAAGACUCUAACCUCAAGUCCUUUGACUCUUCACUUCAUCAGCGAACCAACAGUGUCAUGAGGUCGCUCGCUGAGUCUCAAUCUAUAUCCCAAGGCUCACUCAUGGAAGUCUACGGGUAUCUACUUGACCUAAACCGAGAUGUAGUGAGCUUAAUCAUCGAAAGCAGAGAAGAUGUCAUUAACAACAAAUAUCUGAGUUCCUUGGUUGAUGUCUACUUCAAAAAUACCUCCAAGACCUUAGAUUUCUGCAACACCGUCCAGAACUGCGUCAAGAAAGCAGAAAUUAGCAAGCUUAUCAUCCGAUACGCGGCGAAGCUGUUCGAAGCGGAAUCGGUGGGCAUUGGAGAAAAUAAUAAUAAUAAUAAUAAUAAGAACAAGUAUGCAAAAACCUUGGCGGAGCUGAAUAAGUUCAAAGCCAUGGGAGACCCUUUUGAAGGAGAGUUUGAGACUCAGUACGAGUCGGUAUACGAGCAGCAGGUCCUGCUUCUGGAGGAAUUGCGUAAUCUCAAAGCAAAGCUCGAUAAGAAACAGAGAAAUCUAGAGAUAUGGAGGAAACUGUCGAAUGUGGUUUUCGCGACAGCGUUUGUCUCCAUUCUUGUCUUAUCGGUCGUUGCAGCGGCAGUGGUCGCACCGCAAGUGUUGAUCCAAGUCGCUUCUGGAUUAACCACACCGAUUGAGGUUGUCGGUAAAUGGUGUAACGAGAUGUGGAACAAGUACGAAAAGGCUGUCAAGAUACAGACAGAAUUGGUUUCAAAGGUGGAAGCCGGAGCGAAAGUUAAUAAUGUAGCGACUGAGAAUAUAAGAUUCGAAGUUGAACAACUGAGAAUUAAGAUCUUGUUUAUUCUGAAUACUAUUGAGAUUGCUGUGGAAGAAGAAGAAGAGGUGUCGACAAGACUUGCUAUGCAAGAAAUCAUGAAGAAAGUAGAUGGGCUUACGGACAAAAUCGAGGAAGUUGGUGAAAGUGCGGCUAAGUGUAGCAAACUCAUUGGUUACGGGAGAUUUUUGGUUCUGCAGCACAUACUUGGCUUACCCACCAACUCGGUCUCCUAG